AUGAAGUACGCGUAUCACGAUGGGCUGUUACAGAAACUCAUGAUGGAGGAGUAUGAGGCUCAGUCGACCUAUGACAUCCAUCCGAAUGGAGGUGCCCACAGCGGACUUUUCCUGCGUUUAGUCAACAAUUACUUAGAUUAUUUGGACAAUAGGAAACUAUUCAUUUUUGUUGGUGACGAUAUCCACAUGGUCGGACUUCUCAAAGCUCUAGAUGUUUAUGACCAACACCAUAUUCCCGAUUACGGUAGAUACAUUGCAUUAGAACUGCGCGGAAUCAAUAGAAAAUUGAUUGUCAGGGUUGUGUAUCACAAAGGCACGUCUUCCAGAGAACCACCUGUACCUCGGGUAAUUCCUGAAUGUUCGGCCACCCCGGACUGUCCAUUAUUUACAUUUGAGAACAUUUUUAAUGAUCGCAUGCAGCUAGAGAGCUUUAGUCGACUUGAUUGCCGCCGAUAG